AUGUCGACAGAUCACUUCCUGGCGAAAGUCCUCCCGACCUUACGCGGGAGGGCUGCAGCGCCGUUCUUUAGAAACUACCUUGGACCCGGUAUGGAGUGGGGAUGCAUCACGUAUGAGAGUUUCGCAGCGGACGUUAAAGCUGCGAUCUCUCACUGGAAGGGCGUCCUCAGUGGCUUCGUACAACCCUCUUCCGUGGUGGGAUUAUGGUUGACAGGUGUGAAGUACGAGGAUAUACUCAACAUCCUUGGAGUCUCAGCAUCGGGCCACAUCCCGCAGCUCUUCAGCGUACUCCAUGCUAAUCAAGACGUAGUCUCCGAUCUUCUUGCGAUGAGUAAUGCUGAAGGACUGAUCGUGGACGCGCGCUUCGCGAAAGCUGCGAGCUCAAUGAAAGUGCCCACGUUUCGUGCACUGACUCUGGAAGAAGCGCGCAAGAUCGAGGACGCACAAAGUGUGGAGCUCGCCAUGGUUUCCAAAGCCGAUACUGCCGUGAUUGUCCACUCUUCUGGCACUACUUCCGGAGCUCCCAAAUUGAUCCCUACGACUCAUGGCCUGCUUCAUGCUUGCCUGGAUUUCAAGUAUCCCUCCUGCUUGAAGCAGGGCUCAUUUGACGGACCAGAUACAACAAAUCUGCUUGGUAGCUUAGCCCAUGUUGGCUCGUUCCAGACUGUGAUCCGUAUGGCCUACCAUGGGGAUAUCAUUGUCCAACCCUCCUCUCCCACCUUCUCCACCGAUGAAUUGCUCGCGAUGGUCAAGAAGUGUGGACUCAAUCGCAUCGCAACGUAUGCCCCAUUUCUCGUUCAACAUAUCCGCAGAGCGAAGCAAGAUAUGGAUGUCCUGGAAACGCUGAAAGGUCUCCGGCAGAUCUUGCAUACAGGAGUCGCGCUUAAUCGUGAGGAAGAGAAGUGGGCGUAUGAGCAGCGCUUGCCUAUGACGGUAAUGUAUGGUACAACGGAGACGGCACCAUUGUUAAUUUCUCGUCUCGGCGGUCCUCCAAUGAUGAGACUAGUGUCGCAAUGCUCCGCCCGCUUUAUACCGUUUGCGGGUGUGACCGACAAGUCCAGCGAGUCUCACAAGGCCUUAUUUGAAGUGGUGCUUCCUCCAGAUGCUCUGGAUAGUCCGCACAUUUCGCUCUUCGGCGAAGACGGGUUGUAUCACACGGGCGACCUUCUUGAAGAACCAGAAGAAGGCUUCUAUGUGCAUCGUGGGCGCACAGGCGAUUGGAUUCGGAUGCGCGAAGGCUUUAUCGAUUCAAAGAGCGUGGAAGACCACGUUCGGAAGACUUGCUCAGACCUGGUGCAUGAUGUCGUUGUGAUUGCUGAAGGUCGACCGGGUCCUGCUUUACUGGUCGAAAGCAUUCGACCAAACCUGAGCGAACGGGAGCGAAAGCAGGUCGCGGAGGAAAUUGUGAAGCGAAGCAAGGAGUUCAAUGCUCGUGUCUUCAAAGAAGAGCAAAUUAACAAUCCGGGACGCAUUCUCGUGCUCGACAAGGGGCAGUUGCCCAGAACCAAGGAGAAGGGAAAUAUCAGACGAAAUGCUGCCCAAGACUUGUUCGCUCAGGAGAUCGACGCCAUGUACACCGAACAGUAACUUUUAUGUGAU